AUGCUUUAUUUGACGCCUUCGAUCAGCCUGGUCUACGAUCCAAAGGACCCUCGGACAAUACUGGCCGCAGGGAGUGUCAUACAAGACCACGGCGAUGUUGAUGUCGCAUUGGUGAAAUAUCGUGUGGCAGCAGUGCAGAUCCCUUCAAGUGCAGAACUGUGGAAUAAUGUCGGCAUGUGUUUCUUUGGUACCUUCGAGGAGAAGCAGAAGCUAGUAGCAGCAAUAGCUUGCCUUAAGAGAGCGAUCACACUUGAGCCUCAACGGUGGAGAACACAAUUUAACCUCGGCCUGCUCCACUCGUGUACGGGCCAGUACGCCUCGGCCUUCACGUUCUUCUCGGCUGCUCUCAACCUGGAUCCUAAGCACCCCCUCAUUUACAUGUAUCUCGGCAUAGUGUUGUCUAGGCUUGACGACUAUACGAACUCGUGCAAUGCAUAUGCUAGAGCGAUUGAGGAUCCAUCGACUACGGCUAUCAUACAUCUUAACUUCGCCAUUACGGCGUUGAAUCAUGGGGAUCUGGACGAGGCCAAGAAACAUUUCCUCAUUUUCGAUGGGCAAUAUCAUGCUAUCAAGGAGUCGGGCGGAGGAAACGGAGAGUCUCAAUUCCUGUAUAUACCCUUC